UGGCCUGCAUGCAUGGCAGAUAAUCAACUGUGUUUAUGGGCCAGUUGCUCUUGCUUUCUCUCUUGUUUUUGGGCCCCCUUGAUUUAGCUUUCACAUACACAAAGCUGGCAUACACACCCUUAAUAUCUGCCUCCAUUGCAUGUGUCCACUGCUUAGUGGGUGUUGCCAUGGCAUUACACACAGAAUGAGGCUUCACACUCCACGUCUUGUAUUCUCUUCACAGAGAGCUUCGGAAGAGCAUCCUGGACAAAAUACUCACACAAACACAUACUUCCCAGACCCAUGUGGUGAAUAUUAGUCUGGAUAAGCUCAUCUGUAGUGCACUGGACUCCACCACUGCAAAACGUCAGAGAGACUUCGGAAGUGUUUAAAAAAAAUUUUGAACCUUUUUUUCUGGGAUACAGUUCACUAUUCUUCCCUGAUGGAUUACUUUCUGGAUUUGACUCGGAUCAGUACUUCAUAAUGCUCUUCAAUGGCUGCGAGCAGUGCAGUGGUUAGCAUGCAGAAUGACAACCGGACCUUUGUCCACUACAGGAUGGAGGCUUCCUGUUUGGACCUGGCUCUGGAGGGGGAGCGUCUGUGUAAGGUGGGGGAUUACAGCGCCGGUGUUUCUUUCUUCGAGGCCGCCAUGCAGGUUGGCACAGAAGACCUGCAGGUUUUGAGUGCCGUCUACAGUCAACUGGGCAAUGCCUACUUUCACUUGCAUGACUACAGCAAAGCUUUGGAGUUCCACCACCAUGAUCUUACACUAACUAGAACCACUGGGGAUCAGCUUGGUGAGGCCAAAGCCAGCGGUAACCUGGGGAACACAUUAAAGGUUUUGGGUCGCUUUGAUGAAGCGGUGGUUUGCUGCCAGAGACAUUUAGAUAUUGCCAGGGAACUGGGCGACAAGGUGGGGCAGGCCAGAGCACUUUAUAAUUUUGGAAAUGUGUACCACGCCAAAGGGAAGAGCAUCUGCUGGAGCGGAGCAGAACCUGGAGACUUUCCUGAGGAGGUCAUGACAGCACUUAGAAAAGCCGCUGAGUACUACGAAGCGAACCUGUGUAUCGUGAAGGAACUCCGAGACAGGGCAGCACAGGGCAGAACUUAUGGAAACCUGGGCAACACAUACUACCUACUAGGAAACUUCAGGGAUGCAAUGGCCUCUCAUGAACAGCGUUUGCUUAUCGCUAAAGAGUUUGGUGACCGGUCUGCAGAAAGGAGAGCCUACUGCAACCUGGGAAACACUUGUAUAUUCCUUGGGGAGUUUGAGAGGGCUGCAGAACAUUACAUGAAAGCUCUACAGUUGGCACGGCAGCUGAAGGAUCUGGCGGUGGAGGCUCAGGCCUGCUACAGUCUGGGCAACACAUACACACUACUGCAGGACUAUGAGAGAGCUAUCGACUACCAUCACAAACAUCUCAUCAUCGCUCAGGACCUCGAUGACAGGAUCGGUGAGGGCAGGGCCUGCUGGAGUUUGGGAAACGCACAUACAGCACUAGGGAAUCAUGACCAGGCCAUGCACUUUGCAGAGAAACACUUGGAAAUCGCAAAAGAGACUGGUGAUCGUAGUGGGGAACUCACUGCUCGCAUGAACGUCUCAGAUCUUCAGAUGGUCCUCGGCCUCAGUUACAGCACAAACAAUUCAGUACUUUCUGAGAUCAAAGAGAUCGACUACAACCUGCAUGGAGCCAGACCCAGAAUGAGCCGACGGCACAGUAUGGAGAAUCUAGAGCUGAUGAAACUCACUCCUGACAAGAUCAACGUGAAUCUAAAUGGUCAGAAGUGGACCAGUGACAUCCUCUUCAAGCAGUCCAAACUCUCACUGGCCAAGUCGUCCUCAAAGCUCUCCUUUGUCAAUCGUUUCCGAGGAAAGAAGCACAAACUGCAGAGCAGCUCCAAUAAAAUCCUUCAGGAUACCAGCAACACACGGGAAGCUCCUCAGAACAAACAUGGGAGUACAGACAUGUUAGGAGACGAGGGCUUCUUUGACUUGCUGAGUCGUUUUCAGAGCAACAGGAUGGAUGACCAGCGGUGUGCCAUACAAGAUGGGAGGAGCCACCUGUCUGUCAAUUCUAGGUCCAACUCCCCACCCAGAACCAUCAGGAAAUCAUUCUCAGAGUCGGCUGCAUCUCCAGGUCAGGAGCCGUUCCUCAGACUGUUGGCCAGUGCUCAGGGCAGGAGGCUGGACGAGCAGAGGGCAGGAACAGGGAACAGUCUGCCCGGCCUGCGCACUCUAUCCGAACACAGCAGCAUUAGCAGCAGACAGAUGAUCCUCAGCCAGGUCAUGGCCAGCACAGACGCUACCGAACCCGACGACCAGUUCUUUGACAUGCUCGUCAAGUGUCAGGGGUCUCGUCUGGAUGAUCAGAGGUGUGCCCCUCCUCCGCCCUCCACCCGUGGCCCCACCGUCCCGGAUGAAGACUUCUUCAGCCUCAUCAUGCGCUCACAGGCCAAGAGGAUGGAUGAGCAGAGAGUCACGCUGCCCUCCUGCCGCUGAACAAACAUACACACUGAAUGAGCUCUUUUUCAUACACACGAGUGUUGCAGACCUCACGCUGGUAAUACAAACAAAAUGAUGGUCGGGUAAUAUGCCAUCAGUAUGAACUGUGUCCUGUCUGCUACAUGAUUAUGAAUGGCAUUUUGUGUACAGCUGUACUAAGCAACUCUGGGGGGGGGAAAACAUCUUUGUAAAUAACAUAAAUUUUU